AUGACUGCCCGCAAGGCGCCCCCUCAGCCCAUCCACGUCUCUGGACGUCAAGCGCGCACGACGACCUCGCCCGCGUUCGGCCGCAUCCCGACCUUCUCGCACCGCCUCCCCGCACGCAAGCGCAUGUCGACGACAACCGCCGGUCCUGUCGUCUCCUACGAGCGAGACGAGGGCAGCGACGAGGAGCAGUCGGACGCGAGCGGCGUCGACAGCGAGCUCGAGGCGAUUGCGGCGGCGCAGGUCAGCCAGCGCGCCAUGGCCCGGUUGCGCACGCGCCCCGUCGCAGCUGUCGUCGACAUCCAGCCGCCGACGCCGGACGUCGAGCCUGUCGGCCUCGCCGCAGCUGCGCGCGGUGUCGCCGCGCCCGUCGCUCGGCCGCACCUGGCCGGUUCUUCCUCCCUCGUCUCGCUCAAGCAGAGCCGCCGCACCGCCUCGAUCUACUCGGCGUCAUCAUCGGUCGGCGUCGUCGGCAUGGCGUCCUCGGUCCACGGGCAACAGCGCCAGCCGGUCUACCUCCGGCCGGACCUGAGCGGGCAUUCGGGCCUGUCGCUCGACCAGCUGUCGCACACUGCGGCCUGCGAGGCCCUCGUCGACGGCCCGGCGAGGGAGGAAGCGGCACCUCGGCGAGCGCCCAAGACGGCGUCGGCGUCGGUCGUCGUCCAGAUGCACCAGCUCGCCUCCACCUCGUCCCUCGCGCUCGCACCCCCUCCUUCCUCCGAUUACCCGUCCCAGCCGCACCUCUCCUCCCUCCCGUUCCACUCGUCCAAGCCCUCUCUCCCACCUUCCUACCCGUCUGUCGCCGUCCCUCGCGCCGCAGCCGAGCGCCGCGAGACGCCCGCCGAGCGGCUCAAGCGGCUCUACCUGUGCCCGUGGGAGGCCCUGUCGCCGCGCUCGGCACGCCGACUCGCGCUCGCGUCGCCCGCAUACAGCGAGAAGGCCGGGCCUCUCGACGCUGGCGCCGUCGUCGCGCAGCGCUCGGCCGCCGACGGGUUCUCGAGGACCAAGCGGCGGCUCGUCGUCGCCGGCGCCGUCAUUCUCGCCGUCGUUCUCCUCGUCGACCUCGUCGUGCUCAACAUCCGCAUCUUCUCGAUGCGCGACGCGUAUUACGACGAGUGA